UUUCAUUUAACCAACGUUUAAAGGACCAAUUUCUGCCACGCGAUUGACCGAACUAGUCAACUGACGAAAUUUGUUUUUGAAAUCCGUCGUGUCGCGAUUGACGUACACGUGUGACUUCCUGUAUUUUAAACACACGUGCGUAUGAGCUGGCUGCCCCUCUCGCGUACUCCGAAAGUAUAAACCGGCGUUUCCUCAGAUUAAUCCGAUCAAUGGAAUGCUCACGCACAUCCGGCGGUGCGUCAAUCAGAACGGUUCGUUUCAUCAUCCAUCCCCACCAUGAUCAACUCCGCUGAUGUGUACACCGCUACUUUACUCUGUCUCUUCCCUGGCUCGCUUUGCUCUCCCUUGACGUCUUUCUCUCUCCUUUUGCCACUUGCGCGCGGUCUGGUCUAGUUCGUCGAGCGUUAGCCGGCUAGUCAGCCGGUAGUUCUCAUUGAAUCAGGUAACUCGUCCUUCCGUUCCGAAUCUGACCUUCUGACCAAAUGUCACGGAAGUACUUCGCCCGAGUGUACGUUCAAGCAUUUCUGAGAUCACGAAGGAGAGAGGCCAAAUUUUCUGGAUUUUUCGUGGUAAGCUGACCAAUUGGAUCCAGGAUCGAUUCUAAGUGGAUUGGAAUCAUCGUAGACAAUACCAGGAUAACAGGAUGAAACAGGAAUUCAAAUUCAUCGAUAUGAAAUUUCGUAAGUUAUUCAUGGAGGCUAUAAACACGUGGAUCAUUGUGCAUUAGCGCAAUGGUCGAGAAUUUUUUCGUUGAUUAAUUCUGUGUGUCAAAAGUGAAAUUGGAACCUGGAAUUUUCAGUCACGCGGAAUCGCAGAGUUAAGUGAUAAUUUCCUGCAAAUAGAAAAUGGAAUUAUAAAAUAGCGAAAUUUUCGUUUUGUAGAAAAUUUAUUGUACAUAUUUAAAUACGAAAAAAAAAAAAAAAAAAAGAAUUUGAAUACUAUCCGCAUUGAGAUGGAUAGAGAGAUGCGGAAACUAAGCCUGGAUAUAGAGCCUGGAUUUUUAAAGAAAUUGAUAAACAAUUUAGAUAGACGUGUAUCGUGACCCGUGCUUCUUAAAUGCAAAAAGGCCACCUACAAGACAAUUCCGUGAUUAUUUUACAACAAGAAGGUCAGAUGCAAUAAAUUACAAUGAAUUCUUGACGAAUAAACGUAAUCGCACGACGCUGAGUUUUUAAUUUAAAAAUACCUGCCUGGAACAUUAAUGAUAUAUUUAUGAGCAACGGGACGAGAGGAGAAGGAAAGAGAAAAAAAAAAGAAAAAUAAAAAAAAGUAACGUAAAAGGCUCGCUUGUGUCACUGCUUUCUGUGGGAGAUCAUGGAUCAUACGGAAAGGAAUGAACUCUGGGUGUUUGGAUACGGAUCGCUCUGCUGGUAUCCCGGUUUCUCGUACAUUAGAAGUACGACCGGUUACGUGAAGGGUUUUAGCAGACGAUUUUGGCAGGGCAACACCACGCACCGUGGAACAGUCGAAAAGCCUGGCCGAGUUGUCACUCUGAUCGAGGACAAAGAGGCCCUAGUUUACGGACGAGCGUUCCAGGUUCGGGACAGCGAGGCGUUGUCCUAUUUAGAAAACCGCGAGUGCGCUUUAGGAGGAUACCUAACGACGAUCGCAACGUUCUACAGCCGGAACGGGGACAAGCAAUUCCCGGUGAUAAUCUACAUCGCUACCAGCAAGAACGAGCAGUGGCUCGGCGAGACGUCGUUGCAGACCAUAGCACGUCAAAUCACUGAAAGUUCCGGUCCGAGCGGACAUAACGUCGAGUAUCUCUUACGCUUGGCGGAGUUCAUGCACCGUUACAUACCGGAGGCGCACGACGAACAUCUCUUCACGCUGGAAAUGCUGGUGCGCUCGCGAAUAAAGGAGGAUAGCAUGUGCCUGGCGACGCUGAUGGGAAAUCGCGACUUCGUCAUCGACCUCGACGAGGACGUGGAACCGACCGUUCGCGCGGAGGAAGUUAACGCCCGACCCCGCGAGAAUUCCUUCCAAUUCAGUGCGCGGAUUCCGUCCAAGAGCUUACGUUGCGUCAAGAUGUAGCUAAAUAGAAUCGCACAGCUCCGAGUACUUUCCCAAUACUUUUUCAGUUCUCAGAAAACAUUUUCCAAACAGCAUGUUGUUGAGAUGACACUCCAAACAUCCCGGCAUCAUUUUAGGUUUUUCGGAAACAACGCGAACAUUUCAAAAUGCUUCUCAGGCCACUCUGGACAUAUUCUGAAUGAUUUUGGUAUACAUCUUGUGUGUUAUUUGGAUUAUGACGUUUUAAGAUAUUUUUUAAAUAAGUAUGUUAUUUAGGUUUCAACUUUGAUCGCAGAUUUAUGUGUGAUAGCGGCAGCUAUUCUCUUAGUUCUCUUAGCGAGAAAAACGCACAAUUCACGUACGAAAUGUUGCAAAUGUAUGAAGAUGUAAACUUGUAGCGAAAUCACAUCCAUGGAGGAUAUUGCUUGGAUGUUGAAAUUUUGAACUAAUGUUAUUAGAAGAAAAAUAUAAAGAGAAGACAAUUUAAAUUUAA